AUGGUAAAGACAGUGCUAAAGAGAAGAACAUUUAAUGAUGUUGAGAUACAAGAAGAUUCUUCCAAUUCUCUUUAUGAUGUGCUUGUAAAUGACUCUAACUUCUCUGAAUCUGAUGAUGAUUUGGAGAUGCUCAAAGCUGUUACUAUGGAUGAAGAACUACUAGAUAGUGAAAUAGGAUCAAGCUCACGUCGUAGUUCUGUUCGAUGUCGUAAAGUCAUUCAUCGUGAUCAUAUUCAAGGUCAUGAAAGGCUUUUUCUCGACUAUUUUGCUGAAUUGCCUGUAUAUCCUCCUGAGCUAUUUCGAAGGAGGGUUCGGAUGAAGCGUUCACUUUUUCUUCGAAUUCAAGCUGUAGUAGAAGCGCACGAUCCAUACUUUCUCCAAAAAAGAAAUUGUGCUGGAAAGCUUGGUUUGUCUUCUCUUCAGAAGCUUACUGUUGCGCUUAGGAUGCUUGCUUAUGGAGUAGCCGCUGAUUUUAUGGAUGAAUAUGUGAGAAUUGGAGAAAGCACUGCAAUAGAAAGCUUAAAAUAUUUUGUUAAAGCAGUUGUUGAUAUUUUUUCUAAUGAGUAUUUGAGGUCACCAAACAGCAAUGACAUCGCUAAACUACUAGUGGUUGGUGAAAGUCGUGGAUUUCCUGGAAUGCUGGGGAGCAUUGAUUGUAUGCAUUGGAAAUGA